CCGAGCUGGACUCUGAGCACGCCCAGAAGGUGCUGGACAUGGAGCACGCCCAGCAGGGGAAGCUGAAGGAGAGGCAGAAGUACUUUGAAGAAGCUUUCCAACAGGACAUGGAUCAGUACCUCUCUACUGGCUACCUGCAGAUCACCGACAGAAGAGGGCCAAUAGGUAGCAUGUCUUCCAUGGAGGUGAACGUUGACGUUCUGGAACAGAUGGCCCUGAUGGACAUGUCGGACCACGAGGCCCUCGACGUCUUUCUCAACUCUGGAGGAGAAGACAACAGCCUGACCUCCUCACUCACCUCAGGUCCAGACCCCGAGUCGUUGUCCUCUGAGAUCUCCCUGCGGGUGCCCACCCAGGCGGAACUGAGGAACAAGCCGUCUUCCUUCUCCUCCACGGAGCCAGGCUCAGCCAGCCAGGACACAGCCAGACACAGCCUGGGGGGCCAGGAGGGGGAGGGCAGCGAGGCUAGCGGAGAUGGAGAUCAGCCCCUGGUACUGCCAACGAGGAGGAAGUGCAGGCGCGACACAGCCCUGGUGUCGUUGCCCGAGGCAGAGACGUUGAAGAACUCUGACGACAGCGACUCGCAGGCCUCUUAGGAGCGUCACAGAGCUGCCCCUGGGUGAGAGCGGCACUAGGGUAGCUCCUAGACGCUGAUCUGGGGCUCCGUUUUGCAUUUUCCCAAAAAGCUUUUUUUUCUUUUCUGUUUUUUAUAAA